CAGAGUCGACAUGAUUAGCCGACAAUACCUCACAGGCAGGCAGGUAAACAUUAACCCGCAGAGCGUGUUUACCUGUCAGAGGAAGUUUUUAUUGUACAGGGGAACAUGGCGACGACUAGUUCUAUGUGGAGUAACGGACAAAAAUUGUACAGGUUCUCUGUCAACCUGAAUCAAGCUAGCAGGAGGUUUUCAGAGAGCAGCGACAAAGGCUGGUUCCGGUCCUUAUUUGUGCACAAAGUCGACGCCAGGAAAGAUGCUCACUCCAACCUGCUGUCAAAGAAGGAGACCAGCAACCUGUACAAAAUUCAGUUCCACAACGUCAAACCGGAGUGCCUGGAAGCAUACAACAGUCUAGAGGCUGAGGUGCAAAACAGGCUCCAUCAGGACAAGGACUACCCAUGUGAAGUAGUAGGAAGCUGGAAUACCUGGUAUGGAGAACAGGAUCAAGCAGUGCAUCUGUGGCGAUACACAGGAGGAUACCCAGCUUUGACUGAAUGCCUGCAGAAGUUGAAAACUAACAAGGAGUAUUUAGAGUUUCGGAAAGAGAGGGCAAAAAUGUUGAUUUCCAGGCGAAACCAGCUUCUCCUGGAAUUCAGUUUCUGGAAUGAACCACUGCCAAGACAAGGGCCAAACAUGUAUGAAAUGCGCAGCUAUUCCCUCAAGCCUGGAACCAUGAUUGAAUGGGGCAACCACUGGGCAAGGGCAAUCAAAUACAGACAGGAAAACAACGAGGCAGUAGGCGGAUUCUUCUCACAGAUUGGUGAUCUGUAUGUUGUUCAUCACUUGUGGGCCUAUGAAAGCCUCCAGUCCCGAGAGGAGACCAGAAACUCUGCCUGGCUGAAGGAGGGUUGGGAUGCAAAUGUGUUUUAUACAGUGCCUUUGAUCAGGAGUAUGGAGUCUAGAAUAAUGAUUCCCACCAAGAGUUCACCUUUACAGUGAGACGGCGGCUGAAACUGCAAGCAGCUCAAUGACUGCAACUCACUGAUCUAGCUAUUCUUACUGAUUCUGGAUUUAGUUUUUUUAAUCUGCAGGAUGAUCUGUGUUACGUUAAAUGUUGAAACAAGAUUGCUGACUUCGUAUUUGUGCAGCAGCCAGUGAGUCAUGAAAUGUAAUGAUGCAGUGAAAUGCGCAGAUUUCCAGAAGUUUAGGAUAAAUAUAUGGAAAAAUAGAAUAACUUGAUGAAAUACAAACUUAUGCUGUGCAAUUAUCAUGCCACAAAGUGAUUUUACAUUGUGAUUAAGCAGAAUGAGGUGCCGUAUGUUUGCUGCUUUUUGUUUUUAUCAUAACUUAUUGUAAUUGAUUUGCAACAGUUUUUCAUAGUGAAGGACUAAUCCCCACCCAGAUUUUUAGGACUAUUUAUGAAUCAUACUGAAUGAAAUCAUGCUGAGCUUCACAACAAUGACUGUACAACAGGUGUUUAAUAAAAUAAAUGUUGUCAGACUA